CAGCACUUUGAUUUCUCAUUUACCGAUCUCACAUUCUACUCGUAACAAUAUCCGAAAUUCCCUCCCCUCAUAUUUCUAAUCCAUCCAGCAGAUCUCUUCACAAACCCGUGAAACUCACCAAAAACUAUACAGAUCUCGCAAUCUACUCCAAAUUUCCGGUAAAGAAACAUAACAAUCAUGGCAGCCGCAGUGUCGGCGCGUGAGGAGAACGUUUACAUGGCCAAACUAGCCGAGCAGGCGGAGCGCUAUGAGGAAAUGGUUGAAUUCAUGGAGAAAGUGUCGGCCUCGUUAACGGAGUCCGAGGAACUCACCAUUGAGGAGAGGAAUCUGCUUUCUGUGGCGUACAAGAACGUGAUUGGGGCUCGGAGGGCGUCCUGGCGUAUAAUAUCGUCCAUUGAGCAGAAGGAGGAGUCGAGGGGGAAUGAAGACCGUGUGAGCACUAUUAAGGAGUACAGAUCAAAGAUUGAAUCGGAACUUUCGAACAUUUGUGGUGGAAUUCUUAAAUUGCUUGAUUCCACGCUGAUUCCUUCGGCUUCUGUUGGGGAUUCCAAGGUUUUUUAUUUGAAAAUGAAAGGGGAUUAUCAUAGGUACUUGGCUGAGUUUUUGACUGGUGCUGAAAGAAAAGAUGCUGCGGAGAAUACCCUUUCUGCCUACAAGUCUGCUCAGGACAUUGCUAAUGCAGAACUUGCUCCAACACACCCAAUCCGACUUGGGCUGGCUCUGAACUUCUCCGUGUUCUACUAUGAAAUUUUGAACUCUCCUGACCGUGCUUGUAGUCUUGCUAAACAGGCCUUUGACGAAGCAAUUGCUCAGUUGGAUACCCUAGGCGAGGAGUCGUACAAAGACAGCACUUUGAUUAUGCAACUUCUUCGCGAUAACCUGACUCUCUGGACCUCUGACAUGCAGGAUGAUGGAACUGAUGAUAUCAAAGAAGCUCCUAAACGCGAUGAUGAACAACAAGGAGAGUGAGAGUUGGGGUACUUGCUGGCCAGCAAACUCAAAUUUUAAGAUUCGCUUCUCUGGUGGUUAUUUUUAUUUUUUAUUAUUAUUUUUUUAAAUAUUAGGAGAAGUCGAUUAUUUUCUUUUCUUGCUUUUCUUCUUGGAGAUACUGUCCCAUUCACAUGAUUGCUCUUGAAUAUUAUGCCAUAGCUCAGUCAUUUGGCCUUGAGUUUAAUUUUAAGUUUUGAUUAUUUUCAGUUUUCAUCUAAA